AUGUACGUCGACGACGUCCUGUCCGGCGCGAAUACGCUAUCUCUCGCGCAAUCCAAGGCCGAGCAGUUGAACAGUCUGCUCAUGGCGGGCGGUUUUCGCUUGCACAAAUGGGUGUCAAACGAUCCCGCCGUCCUUACCAAAGUCGAGGAUGCUCGCAUUGCGUCUACUGCACCAAGAGCUUUCUUGCUCGACGCAUUGCCCCGGGCUCUCGGUCUCGCCUGGAACCCUCGUGAUGACUUCUUUAUCUUUCAGUUGAACUUGCCGCGGGCGUCCACCACGUUGACUAAGCGAGUGGUGCUCUCACGAGUCGCUCAACUAUUUGAUCCUCUAGGGUGGAUCGCUCCCAUCAUCGUCGUGGCGAAGAUCUUUCUCCAAGGUCUGUGGAAGCUCCAAAUGCCGUGGGACCAGCCACUUCCUGCACCGUGGGCUCAACGAUGGCUGGACUUCGAGGCGGAACUAAAUGCCCUCUCGUCUAUCUCUCUCUCUCGCUGGCUCGGCAUCCAUCCCUCCGCCUCCAUGGAAAUCCACGGGUUUUCGGAUGCUUCGAACGCAGCCCUCGGAGCUGUGCUCUACCUUCGAUGUAUCACGAUCGAAGGUCAAACAACGGUGUCACUGAUCACCGGAAAGAGUAAGGUCGCUCCGCUCAAGCGUACGACGAUACCGCGCCUCGAACUUUCUGCAGCCUUGCUUUUGUCUCGCCUUCUGUCCCAAGUCCGUACGACUCUUCAACUCUCAAGCACGCCGGCGCAUCUUUGGACUGAUUCCAGCGUGGUCCUGGCAUGGCUGCAAGGCCACCCAUCCAGAUGGAGGGACUUCGUGGCGAACAGAGUCGUCGCCAUUCACGAUCUCGCUCCCGACGCUUCCUGGCAUCAUGUUAGCGGGACCGAUAACCCCGCGGACUGUGCUUCGCGGGACCUCUCUCCUCGAGAGCUUCUAACGCAUCGACUCUGGUGGGAUGGCCCACCUUGGCUUUCCUCUCACCUCGCGUCCUGGAACACCGCAGCUCCGCCUCCGGAUGGUGCCGUCGAUUUGGAGGAGCGACCGGCUCGACCGUGCCAUGCAAAUGUGACUCGUCCAGGCGCUCUCUGGGAGCUCGUCUUCCGCUAUUCCAAGUUCAUGCGCUUGAUCCGUAUCACUGCCUGA